ACACUGGGUGACUGGUGGAGGUGAUCUAAAGGCCGGGGGGCCUGGUGGCCCCCCGGUUAGAUAGGCUAGAGACUCAAUAAUCGCUCUAACAUCACCCACGGGUGCUGGCUGGGUCUCCUUACUCUUCUAUGUAAGGAAGAGUAAGGAGACUGCUUAGUCUUUCUGCUGCUUUCUGCUCACUUAUGAUGAGUUGAAGUGGUUGGCUGAACUGGAAGCCCAGGUUGGAUGAGGCCUUGAGUGAUCUGCUCUAGCAGGAGGUGCCCCUACCCACGGCAUGGUGUUGCAACUGGUCUUUGCAGAGCACUUGCCAGGAAACUGAAAAGAGGGAAAGAUGGAUGAAGAAAAAAUAUUUCAGAUUGUAUAUUUUAGGUCCUUCCUGCACUUUCACUGCUGUGGUUCAGCUGGCUGGUUCAAGCCACACCAGCAGCAUGUUGCUUCUUCAGGGCCUGCUUCUAAUUUCACUUUGGUCCUGUGGAGAUGCUCAGGCAGCACCACGGCAGAGUCUGAAUGUUCUUCGGACAAUGCAGGGCAGCUCCACCACCAUCAGGCUGACCUGAGAGAAAAUGAAACAGACUUUCCCAUAGAUAUUUAUUGGCAAGACAGGAAUCCUUUCCUUAGCCACCACACAGAGGCAGGUUCCACCUACAUGGGCAGCAUGUUGCUUCUUCCAGGCCUGCUUGCAAUUUCACUUUGGUCCUGUAAGCCUUUUCCCUCUCCCCUCUGCUACCCCUGUACAGAGAUCACAGCCCAGGCUCCAGCACUUUCUGCCCCUCACAGGAUUUUUCCACUUCUACUUCCAGGUGGAGACGCUCAGGUAGCACCGAAGCAGAACCCAGAUUUUGCUAAGAUGAUGCCGGGCAGUUCUGUCAGCCUGGCCUGCACAACAAGUGAGGAUGCUAUCCUGCACUGGUACAGGCAGCUCCCUGGAGAGCCACCAAAGAGGAUACUCUACUUCUGGAGAGGAAACACAGUUACUGAUGACAGUGGAGAUAAAGGAAAAUUCGAAGGUCGGAAACAUCCAUCUCAGCCCCUUUAUGGUCUCACAAUAUACAAUUUAAGCUCUCAGGACUCCAGCACUUACUACUGUGCACACUGGCUUUAUGAUAGCAUCACAGCAUUAGAUAGGCAGUGACAAACCAUACAUAAAGGCACUUUGUACCCUGAACCACAAGCUCUGAACUCUGCUGAAAAU